AUGAAACGCAAUGCAACCAUUCACGGAGUACAAUGGCUUCAGGAGGAAGCAGAGGAUGAAAUAACCGGUGAACUACAAGCCAACAAUGCCUCUUCUUGUAAACGACAAAACCAGUUAGAAGUGGGAAUUUCGCGUGGAAGCAUGGCUACCACAUCCAAUACCGUUCCUUAUGUGUCGGGUCGACCGCAUAGUUAUGUACAGCACGAUAAUGUCCGCAAUCGGGAAAAAAUUACCGCAAUAAUCAUGCAAACGGCAGAGAAAAAGGAACUAUGUUGGAACUUUGACUUGCUGAAAUUGCUGACGGAAUAUCAUGCGAUGCUUUUUCCCGAGGUAAACUUCUCAGAGGCCGCUAUGUUGGUCGACCGUUCUGCGCAAAUUUACGGACGAAAGGUGGACUACAUGGGUGAUAUCAUUUUGCACAUGAAUCAUGAUCAAAAGGCGCGCGAACAGGAAGCAGCAGCGAAAGCUAACCAUGUGGAUGCAGAGCUUGAAGUGCCGAACAAAAGCACGAGUCGCAAACGAGUGGGACAUUUCAAUCCCCAAUCGUUGUCGGAUUGCUUCGCAGAUCUGGAAUUCACUUGCAAUGACAAAAAGCUGUUGCAGCUAAGCGCUUUGGUCAAACCGGUACAACCCGUCGAUGUAGAUCGUCGGACCAAAGUGCUACAAAUGCAGGACUUUUGCGCGGAACUACGUUCCAACCCGAAUCGGCAGCGACGUCAGGAGAUUCUAAAUCGCCUGCGGGAUGAUGCAUGCAUAGCACCGAUCAUGUCGAGCCAUGGGGUGGCGCGGAAAAAUCAAAUUUGGGACCUGGAAUCCGGCGAAACGAUAGGCACGCGGUACGACUACCAGGUUCACCUUAACUACAUCGACGGUCGAACGGGAUCACUGAUAGCUGAGCACGAUCUGAAGCGUUUCUUUCAACGUUGUGAUGUAAUAGAUUUCCUGCAGGAACAGCAGGAAUUAGAGCAUGAACGAUGUUCCCGAACUGGAAAGCCAGCACCGGUUGACAUGCUGGCGAUGCAAGAGCGUGAGCUAAAGCUGUACAUGCCGCCCGAAUAUCUUAAAAACCGCUAUCGCAUCAACGUGAACGACACGUCUGAUUUUGACAAUGCUCUGAUACAGGCACGCGUCACCAAUUACAACUCCGAUCCGAUUCUUUCGCUUAUAGACCACGACGCACGUGCAAGGAAGACGGACGAAAAUGGACCCCUCGAACUUCCCGAUGCGGGCAUAUGUUCUACCUACUCGCGGGACAUGUCGGGCAAAGACUCUAGCACGCAUUAUGAUUCCGGAUAUUGCAACGAUUCGGUUGAAUCCAGCGAAGAACCUUCAUUUGAAAACGUGUUGUCUUCGUCGAAAGCUCAUGAUAUCAGUGCCGGGGUAGAAGAACUGACGAAUAAUGUAUCCCACGACUCUCUGGAGGUAUCGAACGAGGUGGAGAGCAAAAAUCCGCUUGAAGCCGAAUUGCUGGCUCUCGAGAAGAGUACUCUUUCAGAAGAAUGCAGCAACAGCAAAUCAGCUUUCUUAACAUCGCGGCUAAGUGUCGACGAAGGCAUCGGUGUGGAUCGCGAUUCGCCGUCACGAUCGGGACCGAGCCAGGAGGAAGAUAAAUUUACGAAACUGUCCGUGAUAUUUAAUCGUGGUUCCGUGUUUCCCUUAGCACCAAUGCCAUCGUCGCCGAUAAAGUUACGGUUGAACAUUUUCGGCGUACCGGAAAAGAUGGUGCGUAAAAGCGUGCGGUUUGCGCUACCAUCAGAAUAUCGAAAGCUUAAAAACGCAAUUCAUAAACGCAGCAAAGACCCAGAGAAAGACAUCUGCACGUUAGUUGUAUACAAUCUGGAAUGUGCACUUGCCUCCGAACACGAACGAUCUACGACCCCAGACUUGGAGGAUUUUCUUGGGUUCGAAGACGAAAUAAAUGAACUCGCACCUACCGGCAAAUCAAAAAAGACGAAAAACUCCACGCCAAGCGCUGAAUCGUCGCCGGCGAAACAAAAACGCCCAUCUUCUCCGGUAGCCUACUUUACAGGGUUCGAUGACGAAGACAUUGAAGUGACACGCACUGAAGUUGCCGAACGUUUGAAGGUACUGCCGAAAGAACCGAAGAACCUCUCCAGCCCAAGACACGCGAAGGGAGGAACCUCUUCGCAACCAGUAACGCCUACAAGAACGCUAUCGUGUGAUUCUGGUAUUUCUGAUACGGUCGAGAGCGGUGGUAAAGACACGAAUUCAGAUUCGGCGUGCUCGCUCACCGCGAUCGAUGAAGAUUCCGAUGCCUACGAUGGUGAUGCCCAACAAGAAGCUGUGGUAACGAUGGGCAAUCAGCAACCGAAGAAAGAACAUACCGACGCAUCGAAUGCACGGAUCCAGCAGAGCAUGAACGAGGCGAAGGAACGCUUCGAUAAGGUGAGCCAGUGGCACCGAAAGCUGAAGCCGAUACUCCUUGAGUCGGAAAAACGAAACCAUUUCGACAUACAUGCGUACGGAACGCAAAUCAUCGACACGUUUGACCGAAAUGCACCGCUCGGUGUGGAAGCAAUAACGCUAGAAAAGGUGCUACACAACCAACCUCCACACAGUACGGCUCGGUUUUUCCUGUCCAUGCUGAUGCUGGCCAACACGAACAAUGUACAUAUAUACAACAUAAACCAGGACCCACUACGACUGUCUUCCACGGCCGAGAUCGAGCUGCGCCUGCUCAGUCGUAAGCGGCAUCACAAAGAGAUGGAAGCGUUAGGUGAAUUGCUGCCCGGUGAUGCCACCAGUGCCAAUUGCGACCGCGCAACGCAAAAACGUCUGCACCGCAAACGAAAGAUAAUGCUUGACGUUCAAAGUUUCCAACAACCGGAAGAAGAACGAAGAAAACCAACCGAAGCACGAACCAAUCCCUCGAGCCAACUCGACCGAAUAGAUCUGGAUGCUCCCGUGGACGCAAGCUAUCUCGAUAAUGUCCAGCGGAUGUACGUCAAUCUGAACAGUAAUGAGUCUGUUCGUAAACGCAUGGCAUUCCGUAGGGGCAUGCGAAACUGUGCCUACGGGUUGAUGGAAGAGGCAAAGAAUCCGCCUACUCAACCGAAGCAACAAGUGCAACAGUCUCAACUGACGAUUUGUUCGCAGAAAGGCGUUGACAUGAAUGGUAUUUCGCAGCAGUCAGCGAUGCCUACGGCAUCGACCAGCGGAAACAGUAAAACACGAAAUGAUGUUCCUGCGACGCCGCACGUGUUCGAUUCGGAAGAGGAUGUCCUCUCCGUCAAUCUGUUAACCAAUCAUGCGACACUCGUACCUGCCCGCGAUCCCGACACGACCUGUGCGAAAAGUGUAUUCUCCCUCGCAGAAUCCGGAUACGAAUCGAUGCUCAGCGGCGGUGACAUCUAG